UCGUCGCCGGUGUUCUCACGGUGUCUCUGCCGUAUGGCCAUGCGUCGUCCCGUCGACCUGGUCACGAUCGCAGGAGUACACAUCGUCGAUCGCCGAGUCGCCACCCCGGCGCGUGCGGGGACGUGCGGCAAGCGCCGCGACUCAUCCCGAGCGGAACAGCAGGCGAGACGCAUCGCCGAACGUUGCGGACGUAGCAAUCGGCUUGGAAGACUGUCGCUGUCGCAUCGAGAAACGAUCGGUGAGCGGUCGCUCGAUCGAGGCGCGAAAUCCGUGUCGCUACGGAAGAUUUUCACGAGGUUGAUCACCCUGGGUAUUCCGCCGCUUCUUUCGUCGGUUUUAUCCGAAAGGAGUUCAUUGCGCGUCUAAAGGGCGUCAAUGACCAAGGGAUCAUCUGGCUAAAGUAGCUCUCACCCUGCCGACGUUCGCGACACUCGCGUCCCCCGAGAAAUCGCCGCUGCGCGCGGUAGCACGCAGCGGGAGGACCUUGCCUAUCGCCGCGUCGCUUCGACCGAAGCGAGUCAGUGCUAUUCCCGAUUUCCGCGCGAGUGCCGCCGUUCUCUUAUCGUCGGGGACGUAUUACAGCGAGUAUCGGUUCCGAUUUCACGACGUGUCGAAUUCCGAGUCGCUCGUCCGCGCCGACGAUUCGUUUGAAAGGUAGCAGUGAUUUUCCGCUGAGCGGAAACGACAAAAAAGAAGUUCGUGAAAGUGACUGCGGUCGAAUAGAGUGUCAGGGAUAAUCGAAGGGAUAGUACCAGUUCUCGUUUUGAGAAAUUCUGAUCUAACGGCGGACAACGUUUGUAGAAGUUGUGAAGUGGCACGCGUCGUAAUUAUCGAGCUCAUGUCGUUUGCGUUUGCGGUACCAGUUUGACGCCUCGAUUGCGAGAAGAAACUUGGCGCCUCGAACGGUGCUGAACGGUGCGACGGUCGUUUUUCCGUGUGUAUACGUAUAUUAACGCGUUAGCGCACUGCUGCUGUUGUACACCGAACCGCGGAAACGCGAGGGAGACGAACGGUUUUUGGCAUGAUUACGUAAACGGGCGCCGAGUGACCAAGAGGUGGUUUUCUCGCGGGAGGAAGUGAACAGAACGCCGAGCAGCGGCGCCAUCGAGACCCCGUCUUUCUCCGUGCGCGACCGGGGAAAAAAGAGAAAAACAGAACAACAGCCGCGAGACACGUGUCCAUUAUCGGCAAUUGUGUCGAGCCGAUCACGCGGAUCGAGAAAAUCCUGUCCUAUUUCCGAAACGACGACGAUUUCUCCGACGAGCUCGCGAUUGACUGGUUUUGUGGAAGAAAGGCGCGAAGAGCCCGGCGGAAACAUCGCGAGAAAUACUUCCAACGAUGAAAAGGAGUAAUCGAACACCAUCGAUCGUCUCUCGACACGGUGUUGUGCCAACGACACGCUGGGCAUCGACGUAGCGUCGUCGCGCGAUCGGCAAUCGUUUAUUUUAUCGCCGAGAGCGUGGAGAUAGCGCGUGGAAUGUAGCAGCAGUUACGAGUUGCGACCGCAACGAUUCGUCAUUUCACUGGCGGAGAGGAGAAUAGAAUAUAAUUACGGGAGGACAACGCUUAAGACCCCCGUUUGGCGUUGUUAAAGCCGGAGGGCAUCAAUGCCGGGCCUGAUCGGAAAGGAAGUGACGUACAGUCCUUUUCUUGAUCGGGACCAUCGUAUAUCUCGGUGGUAAUCCACGCAAAUUAUGCGUUUCGCGGUUCUCUCUCCGAAGGAACGGAAACUAGAGGCAAGAACGAGCGAGAAGCGCGUUUACACUCCGAGAUAAUACGCCUGUUGCGCCUCCUUCAUCUACGAUCUUCUUCCCGCCUCUCGUUACCGCGGUGAGAAACCAAGUGCUUCGCGACUCCGACACGGAUCUUCACUCUCGGUGCCCGGAUGGUGUCAACGUGUCUAUUUCACGAUCAAACGUGUCUGUACAUACGUGUCGCCUGUAUUUGCGUAACGUUACACGCGUUCUCGCGUGUGUAGAAGUGUGCCAUGCGAGAGGACCCCGCCGCGUCUCGCUUUUGAAAUUCGUCCAACGGGCUUCUGCCGAUUUCUUUCGCGACCCAUGCGAUUCGGGGAAGUUCACGGACGUCCAUCUGCGAUUUUCUCGGAAGCUCGGAAGAACGGCCACGCGAUUAUUAUGCGUUCCGACGAGGGGUAUCGCGUCGAUGCAACGUGAGAGUGGCAAUUUAGACUUACGUCAAGAGUGAAUGGAGGUCGUGCGAGAUUCGAGAACGGCGAAAGUCAUUGGGGGGUUCAAGGUGAAACAAAUUUUUCCAUCAGUUUGCCCGGCGUCACGACGAGGAAGAGGAUCGAGUGAUAUUUCUCUGGGCGAACGCGCGAAACGUCCGGUACCGUUACAUUCGAUAGCUCAUACAGUUGAGAAUCAUCCAUUUGCUUAGAUCUCGAAAGCAAACCCGUCGACAAUAAUAUCUCGAGGAGUGUAUACGUCGAGUGACUUGCGCGACUUCCCGCUCUUUUUUUUUGCCUCACACGAACCGCUCGCAAAUAUCCUUGAUCGUUACGUCUAAUCGUUCAAGAUCUUCGACCAAGAAUUCUGAAAGAUCGUGAGAGUCCCCAUAAGGAAAGAGUUAGAGGAUAACUUAACGUUCGUGAUAUCGCAGAAACUGGACACUUUGAUAGACUUUGAGUUGCAGCCACGCCGGAGUCCCUACGUUACUUCCUGAUCGGCGGCGCGGUAGCCAUGUCAUCGUCGGAUCGGCACGGCGGAUCAUCACGAGAAAUCGGCGUGGAGCCGGGAGAAAACCAUCGUCGUCGGCCCGAUAUACUUAGGGCCGCCGAGUAACGCCGGCAGCCGGGGGAUCGGUAAACCGAAGGAUCGAUACGAGCGGACCGAUCCACCAGCUCGCAACCUACGGCCUCCUUGCUGGCCUGGCCAGCUACUAUGCGAAUUGAAGCUCUCAUUACCCUCGUCGCGGUGGUUUGGCUGACCGCAGUCCUGUGCCCGCGGCUUACUGCCGCCAACAAUCUAACUUUAUCCUCCUCUCGAAGCCCCAAGGAACAUUUUUUUCACGGAGAACAUAUCUCUGACUUGGUAGAGCCACUGGAGGAGCCGCACAAGCAGAACACGUAUCGGGACAUGCAGAUGAUCCUGCGUAAGGAAGGAGGCAAGGACGGCCUUGAACCGGUUGAGUGCUGUCCUUCGGUUUUGGAAAUGGUGCAACCGCUCGGCGGUCGAACUCGAGAAGACAUGUACGUCUCACUCUAUCAGGAUGGCGAGAACAUCCAGAGGUUCUACGAGUACUCCUGCAGGGCGGACGUUCUUAACAAGCCGUGCAGGUUCGCCGACCGGAAGCUUAGCAACCAGUCCAGAUGCGUGCAAAAGUACUCGUUCUCGUACGCUAUCGUCCAGACUCCUGGAUCGGAGCACAGAAGGCACCACCACAGGGAACACCAUCGCUUUCCCGCGUUUUCCGGUAACACCGUGAGUGGAUCCGGAUGGACGUUGGACUACAUCAGGGUGCGGAGCGGCUGCAGUUGCGAGGUCAUGCCGAAGCCGAGGAAGAAGAAAAUCACGGCGAGCAAGGCGAGGAGAGCGAAGAGCAAACAGCGCCAACCAAGGGACCAAGAGCCGGACUUUGAGACGUGAAAGUGUCCUUAUGAUUCGCGUCCUAAUGACAGUACAUUGUGCAGUAAUUGUGUUGCGACUGACAGGAGAAUGCGCGUGCGAAUGUGAGAUUAUGUACGUGAAACGUGGGGGACGUGCGCGCGAAGAAUAUUACUAAUCGUCGGACGCAAUGAAAACGUUACCAACGAUCAUAUCAUCGAUUUUUCUGAUGACAAUUACAUAAUGAUAAUUUAUUAGACAUUAUUCGCGGGCGUGGAACGCGUCGUUACGUGAAUGGCGCGUUUGACGUCGAUCAAUCGAUUUGUACUCCUUGGUGCUUCAUUUACAAAUAACUUUCUUAGCGUAUUUUAAAUAUCUCUCCCUAUUUAUUACUAAUUACUUUAGUAGGAAAUUUUCGCGAAUUAAACACAGGUAUAAUUCGUCAAAUUUCAUCAAAUUAUUCGAAUUCAAAUUAUUUUUUAUUUUGAAGUUACGAUCUUACAGUAGCAAACUGAUCGUUCACGAGUAAAUAAAGAACUUUCAUAAUGAUCAACUGAUAUCGCGAUUAACUCAAGAACAGUAUUUCAAGAUAAUAAUAUAUUGAGAUAAUUUCAUUGGUCCUCUUUAUAAAAUAGGCGUGUGUCUCGAUGCGCAUUAAUUUAAUGCUUUAGUUUAAUUAAAUCUAAUUUUCAUUUUACCGGCGGCCAGUUUUCAUUCUGUACUUUUACGUGUAUAUUAUAAAUUUGUAUGUACCCGGUAGCUUGCGAGAGUUCUAAUAAAAUAUAUGGUAUUUCGAUUAAUUAGGAUCUAACUCAUUGUAUCUAUAUCUAGAUCUGCGAGGCACAUUGUGGUUCAAUAACGAGGAUGCGAAUCAUAGUAUUACUAAAAUAUAUUUAAUUAAAAUUGUAAAGUAUAUAUUUUAUAUAUUUAAACUAAUACGCGAUUCGGCUUAGGAAACAUUGACUAGAUGAGUGAAACGUGCCAACCGGGGUGCCAACAGCCAUGACAAUUAUUAAUAAAUCUGACUAUCGUAAGAAAUGCGGAAAAAUACUUAUAUAAAACCAUUAGAUUAAGUUCUUCUCACUGCGCGAAUUUUCAUUGCACGUCGAUACGAUGCGUAUAAAUAAAAAAUAUGUUAUAUUAAUGGUUAAAAUAUUUCUUUUAUUUUUCUCUCUUAAUUUCUUGCACCGCGCAAUGAUAAGUUUGAUCAAUCCUAACGUUACUGCGAUGUGCAAUGCAGAUUUGUGGAGAACUGUAUUUUUAAUUUACAUGUACGCAAAAUAACUAUUAUUAGCGCGUUAAUUCUCAGAAAUCGUAAAUGCACUGCUGUACAUAACUCCGCGGGAAAUAAGGAAUUUGCUGUUUUAUGUCACGAUGUCUACGUACGUUUCAUAAUAUUAACAAGCUUUUUUUUAAUUACCUUUUUGACAUAUACUUCUUCGCCAUAACUGCCGUAUUAAUAAUGACGUAUUAAUUUUUUUAAUGACUUCCAGAUAAUAUUUUUGUUGUAUUAUACGUAACGUUGUAAACAUGCGGACAUGUUUUCUGUAUCGCCGUGUAAACAUUGUACAUAAACGUCAUUAAUACACUUGUUAUAAAAUCUGAUUCAACAAUA